GGAUCAUUUUGACCCCAGAGGCAUAUCUUUUAUCACAGCCAAAAUGUGGUUCAUUCAAUUCAUCCUGUUUCAUGACUUUGUCAAUCAACUUGUUCUUAAUACAUCUAAAUCCUGGUUUAGUGUUUCUGUAUCAAUAAGGACUUUUAACAAAUUCAAAUCCUUUGGAGUCAUUUUGACACCAGCCAAAAGCACCUUUGAUAAAUAGGACGUUUAUUUCAAAUCAAAAUGAAAUCACCAUUUUACCAUUUUAAAAACAUGUCAAUAAAUUCACAACACACUGUGUCCUCAGUCACCUUGUCCCAGAGAGGUUUACAUGGUUAUCAAAACAUCACACCAGGGGCCUGUUGCACAAAAGUAGAAUUAAGACAUCCGGGAUAAAUGACUCAGCUGAGCUCAAUGAAGCCAAAACAUGUGCGUCCAGGCUUAAUUGGUUGCACAAAGACCAAGCCAGGAUGAGCAGACACGGAUUCAUUAAGCCAGGUGAAACCAAUCCUGGAUAGGUGCGCGCUCACGGCUCACUCAAAUAGACCCCGCCACAGAUCACAGAUUAACUGAUUUACCAUGGCAACUAGAGCCGCGUACUUUUCCCCGUCGGAAGCACAAAUCCUCAUGGAGGCAUACGAGGAGGUAAAAGAUAUAAUUAAGAAGAAAGGCAACACCGCCACAGUGAUAAAGCAAAGAGAAAAAGCGUGGCAAAGUAUUGCAGACCGCCUGAAUGCAUUAAACAUGAACGGGCCAAAACGGACAUGGCAGCAGGUCAAAAUCAAAUACAAGAACAUUCUGCAGAAUGCAGUGAAAAAGAAUACCCACAGACAAGGCACGGGUGGUGGGUCACCAAAGGCUGACCUUACCCCAGCAGAGGACAUGGCCUUGGAGCUAAAUAAAGGCCGGCCCGUCUUAGAGGGGAUCCCUGGGGGGAAAGAGACGAGCAUAGGUUCCUCCCAAGAUGCCACCCGCUUCAUUCAAGUGCCUGGCAGCACUGUGUUCCUGUUAGAGCCACCAGCACAAGCACCAGACGAUGCUGAUCCAGGUGAAGGCCCCAGUGCAGCAGCAACAGCACAUGAUGGAGACGAUGAUGAGGAGGAGACCAUCUCUCUGGAUUCCAGAAGGCAUGAGGACCCAGAUGCUAUACAGUGGGAAAACCAGCCUGGCAACAUAAGCUCACAAGCUAUCAGAAAGUUGUAUGGCAACCACCUCCGGCGCCAAAUAGAACUGGCAGACAUAGACAUUCAGUACAAGAAGAAAAAGAUGGAAAAUCUUGCACUGGAGUCCGAAAUAAAAAAGAGGACAAUUAGGAAACUGGACCUUGAAAUAAAAAAACUUGAGAGGGAGCUCCAAGAAGAUGACACAGCUCAAAAUAAAAAUUAGGUAUAUUCUCGUAAAGUCAAGUGAGCCAUGACAUAUGAGCUCUUAUUGUGAGCACACAGGACGGUGGCAUCUUUCUAAGUUUUUUUAAUUUUCCCAGCAAUCA